AUGGUGAUUCUCACUCUCGGCACUGUGCAGGGAUUAGGACAGCACCUGUCCAACUUGGCACCUAGACAGGCUUAUCUUGCAAUGAUGUACGCCUGGAUCAACCUUGCGCUGGCUCUGAUCGCGAUCGGACUUGGCAAAAUCGCAGUAGUGGCUUUUAUCAUCAGUAUUCAAGGCUACUCUGUAUACGAUCCCUGGAGAUCCGUCGUGCUCUGGUUCCUCGUUGCAACCACCAUGGUUGUGAACACCAUCGAGGUGGUCCUGUUCUUCACGCAGUGCUGGCCAAUCCAGAAACUGUUCGACAUCAGCCGACAAGCAAGUGUCUGUCCUGGAACGAUCAUUGUUGAAAAGUUCGGGAUCUUUCAAACUGCAUGGUCGGGAUUCUGUGACUUCACCCUUGCCUUGUACCCUGCCGUGCUCUUCUGGAAUGUCCAUGCGCUUUCGAAACUUCGCAGGCUCGGCAUCUCUCUAUUGUUUGGUCUUGGGGUUACUGCGGCGCUUCUUGCAGCGCUCAAGGGGUGGAAGAUCCCGUUGAUUCUCAAUAUAGAAGAUGCAACGUGUGAGCUUUCUUCAGAAAUUGCCAUUCGGACCAGUAAUGACGAAAUCAUUUUAGAUGUUAUAGCAGAGAUCAUCGUCUGGCACCAGUGA